CUUUCGCAACGCCAAUCCCCCAGCAGCGUCCUCGCCCGCCCAAACUCGGCAAUCCAUCCACCAUGUCUUCUCCCCUCUUCUGGUCGCAGCCCCUCAAGUACUGCGCCUGGGCUGCCCGCGAGCGUCCCGCCUACUUCUGGUCCGUCGUCGUCGGUGCCGCCGGCCCUGCUCUGAUGCCCAUCGUCCCUCCCAUCCGCCACAUGCUCGGCGACAUCGACCCCGCGCCCAUCCCCGUCACCUAUCCCGUUCCCGCUGGUCCCCGAAAACAGCUGACGGGCUAUGACGACAAAUAAACGCUGCUCGAGCCAAGACGAGGUCACUUUUUAGCCAAUCGGGGGAAUCUGCAUCAAAAGCUAUGAAAUACAAAGCUCAGGCCGGAAUUGCAGAUGCAGCAAGUCCCUGUAUAUACCUUACACACAACCACGGCGUUAUUCAUCAUCCAAUGUAAAACAUACGAAGAGGGAGGCCAUGGAAGCCGCAAAAGAGCAGGGCAUUUACAGACUCUAAAUUCAACAAUUGAUGCAAAUUACAAAAUCCUCCUUCUUG